UCUACACGGAAACUUGGAGCUCAAGUGAUCAGCGAAAGAGCCGUUCACAUUAUGACUAUCUUCACGAGAUAUCUCACACAUAGGUUCGUUUUAUGUGUUUUAUUGUCGCUUUUCAUUUUCCAGUUCUUGCCUAACGCAACCUGCCAGCAACAGCAAGAACCAGAAUCCAAGGUCACGGCGGAAUCAGUAAUUGGAAUCGUUUUGCUUUCCUUCUUCCUCUUUAGUAUAAUCGGUUGCUGCUUCUUCUAUGCAUGCCAGAGUGCAGAGAUUGAAGCCGAAAGCCGUCAAGUGCUGCACACUAGAGAAAGGCAUGGGCUCGAGAAGGACAUCAUCGAGUCCUUACCGUUUUUCCUUUAUUCAGAGAUUAAAGGGCUCAAGAUAGGCAAAGGCGGGGUGGAAUGUGCAAUUUGUUUAAACGAGUUUGAGGAUGAAGAAACGCUACGUUGGAUGCCUCCUUGUAGCCACACUUUCCAUGCUAACUGCAUUGAUGUCUGGCUCUCUUCUCGGUCUACAUGUCCGGUCUGUCGUGCAAAUCUGUCUCUGAAACCUGGCGAGAGCUUUCCUUAUCCGAGUAUGGAUCUUGAAACGGGAAAUGCACAAAGCAGUUUUCAAGAAUCCCCCAACGACAUAAGCUUGACAUGUAACAACGAUGCAAAUUAUAUAGCACCUCGAUCGAGAUCUACAGGCUUAUUGUCUAGCUGGCGUAUGGCAGAGAUAUUCGUCUCUAGAUCUCAUUCGACGGGACGUUCAGUGGUUCAACUUGGUGAGAACCUAGAACGAUUCACACUGCAGUUACCCGAUGAGGUGCAAAGACAAUUGGUUGGCUUGAUCAAUCCGAUAUGGAGAAGCCACAUG